UCCCCGUCUCCCACCAAACCCAGCCCUCAGGCAGGACCCCAAACCCUAAACCACCCCUUCCACUUUCCAGAUGCCACCUCUUUGUUCUCUCCCUCCCUGACCAUCAAACCCCUCUGUUCCCUUACCAAUUUUCACACACACGAAGUGGAGAAGGAGAAGAAGAAAAAGAAUCCAAGCUUUACCGCUAGCCAAUCCCAUCCCAUUGUCACGUCCCGUGUCUCCCGUCGACGAACAGCGGAAAGGCGACUGUGAGGUGAGGACGGAGAGAGAAUGGAAUUGAAGCAAAUAAGAAAGAAAGAGAAAGGAAAGUGAGGUUGGGUAGGGAGAGAAUGGGCUGCAGGUCCGUUGGGAGUGGGAGGGGUCAGGAUAUGAAUUUUAUUUGUGUUUUUUUUUUUAAUUUUGACUUUUAAUACUACGUCGUUUAAGGGGAAUUGAGAGUCUGUUUGGUUUUUGGUUAAAACCGGACCGGACCGGUUUCAAUCCAAUCCGGUCACGGUUGAAACUUUUUUCAAUCCAAUCCAAUUUUCAGUUAUAGAGUUAGUACAAUUAGCAUAUAAAAAACCGGAUAAAAUCGUGUUGGUUAAACCGAACCGGACCGUUUCCCACCCCUACUACCGACAACUCAAGUUAAUAUGACAAGUUGAUUUAGGACACAGUAUUAGCUUAUCAGAGUUGGCUUGAUCAUGAAGUCAUGUGUUCGAGUCCUCACGACCUCUAAUAUUAGCAGUUUAUUCAAGCAUAUAUUAUGUGUAUGAAGUCAUGUGUUCGAGUCCUCACGACCUCUAAUAUUAUUAGCAGUUUAUUCAAGCAUAUGUUAUGUGUAGUCUGUGCAAACUUCAAGUUGGUGUGUUGGUUUUUGUGUGAGAGGGUUCCUUAAGAAGUGGUUAAGAUCCAUAGAUAGACCUCUUUCAAUAACUCGAUUUAUUAAGACUAACUAGAUCUGUUGUAGAUUAUGUGAAUUUCUCCAUUUUGAUUUGACUACUUAGAUUCGUCUAAUUACGCGAGGUGUCGCCUUUACUCUAUCAUCGUGUUUUGGAUACCUAACUCACCGUGAAUCUCUUAAUCAAGGCGUUUUUACGUUGCCUAACGCCCACGACACUGAAGCUAAGCGCCUUUUCAAGCAAGUUUCAACAAUAAUACUAUAUAUUGUGGUCCCACAGACGUAACCAACAGAGUUUACUAUAUCAAUAGGAAUAUAAAUUGGCUCAAUACUUUCGACAACCCGACAAGAGCACCAUAGAGUGACGCUACGAAUACGUUUUUGCCCAAAGCUUUGUCCAUACAAAUUCUCUCCAAUAGUUCUGCAUCUCGUGGUAAAUGUGUGAAACCGUACGUACAACAUGCAAAAAAGAAAACAGUGCCCUAACGCCACGUCCCACUUUACGAGAUUCCCAGCCAAAUUGCUAAAGCCAUAAAUGGAACACCAAUUCAUUGCACCAAAUCUUACUGUUUGUUAUCACAAGGCAAUCAUAUAAUUAUGCCUUUUUCCACCGGCCGGCCGUACUCGUCGAGAAUCAUUUUAUCCCCUUCCAAUAGUCCAAUCCCAACCCAAAUUGUAUCGAACUUUUCUUUAACCUUUUUUUUUUCUCUUCUUGGUUAAGCGUAUUACAUACUUUCCCUUUCCCUAUAUAUACCUCCACUUCCCCUCCCGCUUCCACACAAACCAUUCAACCCAUUCACAAGUCCACUAUUUUAUUCACUGCUCCAUUGCCUACUAUUCAUCCUUUGCUACCCAUUAAGCCAAACAGAAAUGGAUCGAGUGUUCCAACUGGCGGCGGAGAGGCCGGUGGUGGUGUUCAGCAAGAGCACUUGCUGCAUGUGCCACACCAUCAAGACCUUGUUCUUCGACUUCGGUGUCAACCCCACCGUCUACGAGCUCGACCAGAUCCCCGGUGGCCGGGAGAUCGAGCACGCACUGGCUCGACACGGUGCUGCCAAUGAUUUUCCUGUGGUGUUCAUCGGCGGGAACCUUGUUGGUGGUGCCAAUGAGAUCAUGACCCUUCACCUCAAUGGUUCCUUGUCUGGCAUGCUCAAACGAGCUGGUGCGCUGUGGCUCUGAUCGUCAGAUCGAUGAUGAGAUGGGUCCAAAAUUUUGGUUAACAUUUUACAAUAUGCACAAUGGAGUAUUUUCUUCUUCUUGAUCUGAUUAGUCAUGCGCCAUAAUGAUGAUGAUGACGAUGAUUAAAAACCUCUGUAUUUUGGCUAAGCAGCAGAGGGAAUAUACUUAUGUAUGUAUG